CAACAUACACAGUGUUGUGAAACACAGCACACACGAAACAAGCGCAGCGAUUUUGCAAUCCGCAGAAAAAACUUAUUAAUAAAUAGUUUAUUUAUGCGGAUGGCCAGCGAACUGAGGACCUAAGAUGGGCUACGACGUGAAUCGCUUUCAGGGGGAGGUGGACGAGGAGCUCACCUGUCCCAUCUGUUCCGGAGUGCUGGAGGAUCCGCUGCAGGCCGUGAUGUGUGAGCACGCCUUCUGUCGCGGAUGCAUUAACGAGUGGCUAACCCGCCAGCCCACUUGCCCUGUGGAUCGCAACGCCCUGACGACCGCCAACCUGCGGGCAGUGCCUCGCAUAUUGCGCAACCUACUGUCCAGACUGUCAAUUACGUGUGACAAUUCGCCAUAUGGCUGCACGGCUGUCCUAAAGCUAGAUGCCUACAAUUCCCAUCUGGAGGAGUGCAUCCACAAUCCGAAGCGUCCGUUUCCCUGUGAGAAGGGCUGCGGCUUCGACAUACCCAAGGACGAGCUAAAGGACCACAACUGCGUCCGGGAGCUGCGCACCUUGAUUGUUAAGCAGACAGAGAAGAUGGGCGAGCUCAAGUCGGAGCUCACUGACCAGCAGCUAACAAUUAACGAACUGAAGCGGGAGCUGCAGCUAUUUAAGGACUUUAUGCGUGCCAUGCGCGUCUCCAAUCCUGCGAUGCGGGCCAUAGCCGACCAGAUGGAGCGCGACGAGGUGAUCCGCUGGAGCAGCACGUUGCCACGGGCCAGGGUCACGCGCUGGGGGGGAAUGAUCUCUACGCCCGACGAUGCACUGCAGCUCAUGAUCAAGCGCGCCUUGUCCGAGUCGGGUUGUCCGCCACACAUCCUGGAUAGCCUUAUGGAGUUCUGCCACGAGCGACGCUGGCCACGCGGACUCAGUUCGCUGGAGACGCGACAGACCAACCGUAGAAUCUACGACAACUACGUGUGUCGACGCAUUCCAGGCAAGCAGGCUGUGCUCGUUUUGAGCUGCGAUAACCUUCACAUGACUGAGGACGUCAUGAUCGAUCCCGGCCUGGUCAUGAUCUUCGCCCAUGGCAUCGAGUAAGCACACGCCGCUGCUUAACCACUUAUCCUAGGUUAACUGCUAACUAUAUCGAACAGUGCUCAGUUUUGUUGAUUCCUUAACUUAAGUCUAAGAAUUAAAAGCAAUAGUAUAAGAAUAA